GUUUGCUGUUCUGCACGGCCGUUCGCUCGCUAAUUAUAUUUCCUUGCACCCAUGGCCGACUAAUUGCAGCUUUGCACGAGUAGCUGUACGUGUAAUUAAUCCUUGGUUAGUUUUAAGCUUAAUACUUUGCAAUUAGCUACCAAGCUCGGCAGCUUUCUCGGCGUCUCAAAAAUGCUUGGUCAGGCGCUCUCUGGCACCAGACCCCCCUGGCCAGCCUUCGCCUGCCGACCAGCCCGCUUGCAACGGCGGUUACAACGAAAUGGCGUGCAGUGCGGCGCGGGGGCCACCAAGCGGGGUGAGGUGUUGCUCAUCGCGGACUUGCUAGGGAAGAGCUACGACGGCGAAAAGCAGCUCUUCCAGGGCCUCACCUUCUCCGUAGUUGCGGGCGACAAGCUGGCGGUGGUGGGCCCCAACGGCAGCGGCAAGUCAACCCUGCUCAAGGUGUUGGCCGGCCUAGAGGACUUCGACGCGGGCUCGCUGAGCCGCCACAAGGGUGCGCGGGUGGGCUACCUGCCGCAGGAGCCGCAGCUGCCCACCGGCGUCUCCGUGCUGCAGGCGGUGCUGGCGGCGGAGGGGCCGGGCGGCAGCAGCAUGGCGCGCGCGGUGCUGGCGUACGAGGCGGCGCUGGCGGCGGCGCAGAGCAGGAUCACCAAGGACCUGGAGGUGGCCAUCGAGCGCAUGAACACCCUGAACGCCUGGGAGGUGGAUGCGGAGGCCAAGCGGGUGCUGGAGGCGGUGGGCAUCACAGACAUGGCGGCAAGCGUGGACCAGAUGAGCGGCGGCCAGCGCAAGCGGGUGGCGCUGGCUGCUGCGCUGCUCGGGAAGCCGGACCUGCUGGUGCUGGAUGAGCCCACCAACCACAUGGACGUGAACAUGAUCCGCUGGAUGGAGCGCGAGCUGCGCGGGGGCGACAUGGCGGUGGUGCUGGUCACACACGACAGGUACUUCAUGGAGGGUGUGUGCGACCGGCUGCUGGAGCUGGACGGGGGCCGGGCCUUCGUGCACAACUUUGGGGGGGCGGGCAGCUGGGCGGCGUUCAAGGAGGCCCGGGAGUUCCGCCGCCGCGCCCAGGCCAACGCCGCCGCCGACGCGCGCACGCUGUUCCGGCGGGAGGCCGAGUGGAUGUCUCGUCAGCCCAAGGCGCGCCAAGCCAAGAGCAUGGCGCGGCAGCAGCGGUUCUACGAGCUGUCGGAGCGGGCGCGGGACGUGCCGCCGCCCGACAUGCGGGUGGACUUUGGGGCCGCGGCGGCGGGGGGCAUGGCGCGGCAAGGUAACAAGGUGGUCCGCUGCUCCCGACUCAGCUACUCGCCCCCCGGCUCCUCCGGCCCGCCCCUCAUCGAGGACUUCAGCUGGGAGCUGCAGCCGGGCAGCAGGCUGGGGGUCGUGGGUCGCAACGGAGCUGGCAAGACCACCCUGCUGGACCUCAUUGCGGGCGUGAAGGCCCCCAGCAGCGGGGUGCGGGAGGUGGGGGAGACCUGCGUGGUGGGCUACCUCUCGCAGUCGCCACCGCCCGUGCGGGAGGACAUGCGGGUGAUUGACUACAUUCGGGAGAUCUCGGACGGUCGCAAGGCCCGGCUAGCCUCCUCGGGGGGGCAGCAGCAGCAGGAGGGCGGGGACACGCCGGAGGUACUGCUGGAGAAGCUGGGCUUCCCCCGCCCCCGCCAGUACCAGCGCGUCUCCUCCCUCAGCGGCGGCGAGCGGCGGCGACUGCACCUGGCCUCCGUACUCGUGGAGCGACCCAACCUGCUCAUUCUGGAUGAGCCCACCAACGACCUGGACCUGUCCACCGUUGAGGUGCUGGAAGAGCAGCUGCGCGCCUACCGCGGCUGCCUGCUGGCAGUCAGCCACGACAGGGCCUUCAUGGACGCGGUGGCGCCGCGGCUGCUGGUGCUGCGGGGGACGGGGCGGGUGCGGCUGUUCGAGGGAAAACUACUCGGAGUACCUGGAGCUCUUGGAUGAGGAGGCGGCGGCAGAGGCAGCGGCCCAAGCGGAGCAGCGGGCAGCCUCAGGUGCCGCCGCCAGCACCAGCAGCAGCAGCGGCAGCGGCAGCGGCAGUGUAGCUGCCGGCACCAGCAGCGGCAGCACGUCAGACAGCGGUGGUGGAGGUGGAGGAGGUGGGGGUGGAGGUAAGGGGAAGGGCUCCAAGGGCUCUAAGCAGCAGGGGUCGGCAGCAAUCCUCAUCCUCAACAGCGGUUGCGACUCCGCCCAAGAAGCCGCGCAAGCUGGGGUACUACGAGCAGGAGGAGUACAAGAAACUGAGUCGCGAGAUUGACCAGCUCAGCGCCCGACGUGACGCGCUGAACGAGCGGAUCAUGCAGCUGGCCGGAGGUGGCGGGGGAGGUGGGGGUGGGGGUGGGGGUGGUGGGGACCUGGCUGCUCAGUUGCACGAUGCCAGCGUGGAGAUGGGGGCGAUGCAGGAGGAGAUCGACGCCAAGUCGGAACGAUGGCUGGAGCUGGCGGAGUUGGCGGGGGAUAUUUGAGAAGGGAGGAGAGUGUGGGUGGGAGGUGGGAGGGAAGGCGGAGGGAAAGAAGGAAGAGGGGAGGAGGAUAUGCGGGGACAUGGAGGUUGGGAGGGAAGUAAGCUGGGUGGCCGGUAAGGGAAGCGCUAGGGAAGCUAGCUGUGGGCUAUGACGGGCAAGGAAGGGACAGCAGUGCAUUGUACCUUUGUACGGCGGGGGGAUCACGAUUGAGUAGACAACGCUGUCGUACAAUGUCCCAAUGGCGUUGGAUGCAAGGUGUUGGCUAUGACGGGCAAGGUAGGAACAGCAAUGAAUUUUACGGCGUGGGGAUCACGAUUGAGAGGCGUGGACAGCGCUGUCGUAUAAUGUCCCAAUUGCGUGCUUACGUCAUACCUGCUGACGACCUCUUCUGCCCGCUGUCAUGCGUCCAUUAGCAUGGCCUGAGCGGUUCGGUUGGGUGGCUGGACACGAUUGUGCGAAGCUCGCAGCAAGUUUUGGAGCGUGGCGAUGCAUGUGUACCCGUGCCCUUUCAGCACCAGAAGAGCUGACGCGCUGUAUGGGAGGGAGAAGGCCCUUCUUUGUAAAGUUGAAACCCCUUUGUUGGACGGCUCACAUCCCUUGCUAGGGAAGCACACAUGCCUUCGUUGGAGGGCUUGGGUAAAACAGUUAUCGUGUUAGAUGCAUGGUGGUUCUAUCAGUUUGGGUCUAGAAUGCGAAGGUUACAAGGGCGACCAGCCGGCUGAAUGUACACAAUAGUGCCUAGACGUUUCAGGGGCCGCAAGGGAGCCACAGGAAUGUGCUAUUUCUUAUGAAACAAGAGGUACUUGGGGUUUCGCUAGGCUUCGUCAAGUUUCCAAAGGUGCG